AUGCUGCUUAAUCUUGUGGUGCCGCCGCUUGGCCUCGUCUUCCUGCUGUUAACCUGGCCUGCGGUCGCGUGCCUGAGCUUCUGGCGAUGGGUUUUCAGCUACGCGCUCGCGGAAAAUGUCCGCGGCAAGGUCGCCGUCAUCACUGGGCCUUCUUCCGGGAUUGGAGAGUACAUGGCCUACGAGUAUGGCAAGCGAGGAGCCAAGGUGGUGCUUAUUGGGAGGCGAGAGAAUCAACUCAAGAACGUCCAGGAGCGCGUUCGAUCCGAGCGUGCUACUGAUACUCUGGUGGUCGUCGCCGACGUUUCUAGGGAGGAAGAAUGUAAGAAGGUUGUGGAUGUGACGAUCAACACCUUGGGAAAAAGAUCACCUUGUCUGCAAUCAUGGUAUUGCGAACAGCUUCUUCUUCGAGGAAGCGAAAAGUUUGGAGAGAUCAUGGAUGUGAAUUUCAUGGGUUGCGUCUAUACUACAUACUUCGCUUUGCCUCAUCUCCGCAAGAGCCGAGGAAAGAUUGUCGUCACGGCCUCGACUGCGUCCUGGCUUCCCAUCCCGAGGAUGUCAAUGUACAACGCCUCCAAAGCAGCCGUGGUGAACUUCUUCGAUACCCUGAGGACUGAGGAGCGAUCAGAUAUAGGAGGAAUGACGAUUGCCAUGCCUGGCUACAUCCACAGCGAGAUGACAAUGGGCAAGUUCAUGUCAGCCGAGGGGAAGCAAUACAUGAACGUUGACAUACGCGACACUCUCGUCGGCCCUUCUCCAGUAGCUUCAACGCAGUACUGCGCGAAGCAGAUCGUGUCCGCGGCCACCAGAGGCGAGCGCUACGUGGUGGUGCCGGCCUGGUACAAGGUCUCACCGCUGUUUCGCGUCUUCGUUCCCCAGCUCUUGGAGACUUUCAUUAGCCUCUUCUUCGUCAAGGAGCUACAGCCAGGGAAGCCAGUCACCAAAGUCAUCAUGGACAGCUUCCCGAGCGUCGAGAGAGUCUUGUAUCCCCCUGGAAUGCAGCAGAAGACAGACUGAGAGAAGAUCGAAGU